AUGCAGCUCAAGCUCUCUUUUGUCGCUGGUCUCAUCGCCAGUUCGGCAUUCGCCAUCGCGGCUCCAGUUAACAAGGAGGAGCGUGGUAUCAACAUCGACAUCGCUAAGCGUUCCAACCUCAAGAUCGCCGGUACCGACCAGAUCGACUGGUCCAAGGUCAACGCUCACAUGAGCAGCCUCCGCGCCAAGUACUCCAAGAAUCUCGCCAACUUUGAGAAGAACACCGGCAAGGUCCACCCUCUCAAGCGCGACCUCCCUGCCGAGCUCAAGAAGCGUGCCACUGGUUCCGUCGCUCUCACUGACCAGGAGGGCGGUGAGCUCUGGACUGGUACCAUGGCUUACGGUACUCCUGCUCAAAGCUUUUCCAUCGACUUUGAUACUGGUUCCUCCGACACUCUUGUGAACAAGGGUACCUUCAAACCCUCUGCCUCUUCCACUUCCCGCACCAACGGUGACCAGUUCAGCACUGCUUAUGGUGACGGCACCACUGCUAAGGGUACCAUCUACACUGACACUGUUCACAUCGGUGGUUUGAGCGCUACCAACACUGCUAUCGGUGCUUCCACCACCACCUUCAUCGACGCCUCUGAGGGUUCCUCCGGUAUCUCGGGUAUGGCUCUUCCUCAGCUCGCUGCUUUUGGCUCCAAGUACCUUCCUUACUUCUACCGCCUUAAGCAGGCUGGUGCCGUCACCUCGGGCAAGUUCCAGUUCGAUCUCCGAACCUCUGGCUCUUCGCUCUUCCUCGGUGGCACCGACUCCGCCAAGUACUCAUCCACCCCUGUCUACGUCAACAUUGACUCCAACCAGGGCUUCUGGCAGGUCCCCGCCUCUGUCAACGGCCAGCGCAUCGACUCGAUCGUUGACACCGGCACAACCAUCAUCGUUGCCCCCACAAGCCAGGCUCGGACUCUCUUCCAGACCCUCGGCUUGCCCACUUUCCAGCAGGACGGUAGCAUUUAUGCUUACUACAACUGCAACUCGCCUCCCAAGGUCACCUUCAGGUAUGGCAGCUACACCAAGACUCUCAGUGCCGCCACUACUUCGUUCGGUACCACCAACAGCGGCAAGUGUGUCUUGUCCGUCGCUGGUUCCGACUUGGGCUUGAACGCUUGGAUUACCGGUGACUCGUUCUUGCAGAACGUCGUUGCUAUCUUUGACACUGACAACAACAGUGUCGGUUUCGCAAACAAGGCUUAA